AUGAACCGGAGUCAACGUCCGCCAAAACUCAUUCAAGCGACUAUUGCUGCACAGCCUCGACGGUGUGGAGGGUUGUCAUCCCAGUCACAGAAAGCAGAGGAUUCCGGAAGAACACAAGUUACUGGUCGAGGCGACGCAGAGCCGGCCAGGAUCGGAUCUAUCCCAAAGACACGCGAGAGGAGGAGAGGUGGCUAUGCCUGUUUGGGGAUAAGUUGGGGGCACGGGCAUAAGCAGCUUGGGAUGUUCACGGUUACAAGACCAGCCGCUGAGGCCGUUCUUGUCAUGCUGACAAAUGGAUUGUGA